AUGUGGGAAGAAAACUCCGACACAGAGCAGUAAGUCACCUCUCCAGAACACCUGAAAACCUUUAAAUGUUGAGGUCAAUGAAUUGCAUGAAAGAAAAAUAUAUUUCAAGAUUUUCUAAUAAGAAAAUGUUGAGAAUCGGGAUAAAACUUUUAAGAGUAUGUGAAACUAGCACAAUGUUUUAUGCUAAACUCAAGUUUUAAACUUGUUGAAACUCAAAAUGUUGUUUUUCUGUCAGUGAAAACUCAUUCAGUUUCCUGCAGAUGCUUUCACAUGAUGAUUUCAUCUCUGCUUUUCUUAUUUGAAAACUUCCAGCGACUGUCUCCGUUUGUUUCACCAAACUUGUGAAGAUGCCUCACCAUCGCUAGAUUUAGUUUCUGCCCCUUGCUUGACUAACAUAACUGCCAAAUUUCAAACUGAGAAAAAGGUCCAUGUUUGAAUGAAAAGAACUAUUUGAGAUAAAUUUUGCUUCUACAACCCAGAACUGGUCGCAGUACAAGCCAAACAUUAAGCAACACUGUAAAGCAGCGUCUUGAGUCCUCACUUGGUUGAUGAAAAUUAACUAGCCAGCUCAAUCGCAUGAGAUUCCCAGCUAGGCCAGCAAGCGCUUUGAUGCCAUCAUGAGAUAUUGGUAAAACUGCUGAUGUAUCUACAACUGGUCUUGCUUGUGGGUGGUAUAAAGUGUUUGCUUUUCUGUGUGUCUGCAUGUCGACCAGUGAGGUUGGCGGUAAGCUCGACUACUCGCCGGUAUCCUGGCGGGAGUACUUUGACCAGAUGGAGGAUGUCAAUGUGGGACCAGCUGACAACAGAGACGUCUUCAGGAUUUAUAAAGCAGGGAGUGAAGGACCUGUGCUGGUUCUGCUGCAUGGAGGUGGUCAUUCGGCUCUGUCCUGGGCUGUCUUUACUGUGAGUAACUGGGCCAUUAGCUGGACGGAUGACUGGGUGACUAGUGGGUUAAUCAAUGGUGACCAUAUCCUGAAUUUUGUCACCUUGUUUGGUGUCUUUUUGUGGUACAGACGGCCAUUUCCAGCAGAGUGACCUGCAGGGUGCUUGCCAUGGAUCUCAGGGGUCAUGGUAAGGAAAUACAAAGGGUCUCAUUUUGUCUUGAGUGAUAUUUGUCUCCUGAGAGACCGUCAAUGAUUAUCAGAAAACUGGCCAGGGUUCAUGGUAUUUCACUUUUUUGGACUGAUGUAGCAUAAGCAGCAAUUCAUGUGUUGUACCAAACCAUAGUUCAGCUGUGGUUAUUAAUUUUUGCCAGCAACAGAGAGUCUGAGAUCAUGAAUACAAGCAACACAGAGCAGUCUUGCAUUAGUAAUUAGAGCAGAAUCAUCUAAAGGGAGCGUGGGUGGAAUCACUUCGUUUUGGCAUUGAAAAGAGUCAAAGAGUCUUUUCAGGCAUGUUCAGCUGUGGUAGAGAUGUCGAGAUAGACCUGGAUUUCCAUGGUAGGGUUACGGCAUCUGGCCUGACAAAGCCUUGAGCCUGCUCGGGAUUGGAACACCUGGGACACUUUACAGUACUUGCUGCCACUGCUACCUGGCCCCUGAAUACGCUGCAGAAAAUGUACAGACAGAUGUUUGUUUUUCAUGACUCUCAUGUUGCACUAUACUAUUUUGGGGGGACCUCAAAUUCUAACAUGGGGGGAAAUUUGAUCUUUGUUUAGGUGGUACCCUGGUCCGCCAAUCAGAUGACUUCUCCACUCAAACUAUGUCCAGGUAACAGCGCCUGACACAACUACAAUCAGUAACAUUACCAUCCCCUACUAUCAUUGUUUUAUUCAUGGUUUACCCUUCCCCCUCAAAGCGAUGUAGCCAAUGUAAUUCAAGCCUGCUAUGGAGAGGCUCCUCCCCCCAUCAUACUGAUUGGGCACGGUGUUGGUGGAGCAAUCGCAGUGCAUACAGCCAGCAAUAUGCUGCUCCCAACAACUGCGGGCCUGGUGGCGAUAGACGUUGUGGAAGGUAUGAGUGCACGGUAGAAGCACUGCGAUACUCACACCUACAAAACACCUUUUGGAUUAAAUUUCCCUGAUAAUUUGGGAAUCUAUAUGUUCAUAAAUACAAGUCUUCUUUCUUAAUAAAGGCAGUGCAAUGGAAGCGCUUCAUAGCAUACAGAACUUUCUGAAGGGAAGACCCAAGUCCUUCAAGUCCAUGGACCAUGCCAUAGAGUGGAGGUGAGUAUUCAAGAAAUCACGGCAUUCUGAGUAGUUGCCCAAUAAUGGAAAGGUCAAGUCUUUUCUAGACAGUGGUAAGAGAGGACAAGACAGUUUCCCUCUUGGUCUCCUUGGUGGCAAACAUGGGCUACUCCUCACUGAUAGAAGGCUCUGGAUGGUCUCCUUCAAGGGCCUUUUGAGUCCACUCGGAACCAAUCCAGUACCCAUGUUUGCUGACUGAAUAAUACAAUUUUGGCAAUCCAACAAACACAUGUUCUCGAUUGCCCAAACACCAACUUCAGCCCAAUAUGAGUGAGUGCCAAGAGUUGGCUGUGAUGGACAACUGCCAGGUACAGUUCGUGGUAUAUUUGGGACCCAUACAGUACCCUUCUUUUCUCACUGUAUGGCAGGACCUUGUUUGUGCAUUAUUGUAAAGGUUUCUUGAGAUCAUCCCCUUGAUUUCCCAAAGAUGGUGGGAAAAUUUGCAUGUUUACUUAUUAGCUCUUCAAAUGCAGUCAGCACUGGCUAAAAUCUGAGUAACCUGGAGCACUUACCAGUCUCGUUUUUUAUGUUUUGCUCUAUUCAGCGUCAAAAGUGGGCAAAUCAGGAACCUGGAAUCGGCCAGAGUUUCUAUGGUUGGUCAGAUCAAAAGGUAAAUUUGCUUCUUAUCGGAUCACGCAUGACCUUGUCUUUGUGUAUUUGACCACAUGUAAUCAAGAAUGUACAUUUUUUUUAAUAGUUGUUAUAGAAAAACUAUUAAAAACAGAAGGUCCUCUGUCUUUAACGUUAAAGGACAACAUAAGUCUGAAACCAGAUUAAGAACCUUCAUCGGGCAGAGUCACAUAUGUCAAAGGAGACUUGUACUGACCUGCCAUAAAAACCUUUCACUCGCUGUCUGAAAGAUGUGAGGUGGAGGAGGCGAACUCUCUGGAGGAAGCCAGCCCGGUGACCGACGUGGUAGUUGAACGUAAUGAAGAGUUCUACGAUCAGAGCUACGUCAACGACAAAGAAAACGUCACUUCGGAGGUGAUCCACUUAUGAGUGUUAUUAUAUUUACUGUUCUGCCUGUUUUAUCACAACAACGAUGAGCAUACUUCUGUUCAAAUGUGAUCACUAGAGUGUGUACAAGUGGCGUAUAGACCUGUCCAAAUCAGAAAAGUACUGGGACGGCUGGUUCAGAGGGACUUCGAACCUCUUCCUGGCUUGUAACCUGCCCAAACUUCUGCUACUGGCUGGUAGGUGUUUCAGAAUCUCAUGCUGUGCUUUUAUUAACAUGGUGGAAAGUAUGACAAUGAAUCUGUAAUUUCAAGAGCACUUACCAUGAAAGUGCUUAUGUUUCCAGGAAUCGAUCGGCUGGACAGAGAUCUGACGAUUGGCCAGAUGCAAGGUAAGGUGCUGACUCAGAGCCUGCAAAAAUAGUCAUAUGACGUGUUUGAUCCAAAGGCUUUCCCAUGCCUGUAACUACAUAGAACUUUAACUCUUUAUAGGGUGAAUAGGUGAGUAAUUAAAAAGUUCAAUCUUAAAGGUACACAUUUAUUUCUGCUGUUAAGUUGGAUAAUUUCCCCAGAGCUCUAUGGGGAUUGACUCACCUUUGAAGACAGCCCCUAGUGGAAACUCAAGGAACUGUAUUUGUUUUUCCUCCCAAACUGAAUCUGUACUAAAACUAGGACUGUGUAAAGUUUUAUAUAUAGUUUUACAUGAGAAAUGUUUGGAAGGAGAUAUCAAAGUAUGCUGGGCUGAUGGGAAAUGUAGUUUUGCAGUGACAUGUAGAGGCGCAUUAGCAGUGGAAGUAGAUGACAUUUUUUUUUUUUUUUACACCGACUGUUGGAGAAAAAGGCGAAGGAUGUGUGUGUGUGUGUGUGUACAGGUGCAGACAUUACUCUAGUGACACACACUUAAACACAUAUACACACACCUUGAGGCAGCAGCUCCUCUCUAGAGACGGCUGGUCCUGUCAGUCAACAGUUGGAAGUGACAGCCUGAGGUAGAGAGAGAGUGUGUGUGUAUGUGUGGUAAAAUAGCACUAAGAAUAUGUUCAGUCGGGGUGAGUGUGUGACGGACAAGUCUCUGCGAUUUCUCCGUCUGCAGGUAAAUUCAUGAUGCAGGUGCUGCCCCCCUGUGGCCAUGCAGUGCAAGAAGACAAACCAGACAAAGUAAGAGAAAUGACUUUAUCUCUUACUGUCCAAAAUAAAAAACGUUAUCGGUAAAAAUGUCGGCUAACUUCUUUUUCAACAAUGAUCAAGAAGCAGAUGUAACAUUCAUUUAAAGCUCUGUGAAAAGUAUUUAUUUCAGGCACAAUUUCAACUGAAAUAAACGAAAUUAUCUCCGUUUCCAUGACAAACAUGUAAACAUGAAUCUGUUCUCGAAAAGGUGGCUGAAGCCGUGGCCUCCUUCCUGCUGAGACAUAAGUUCGCUGAAGCCAGAGGAGAAACUAAGAGGUAAAAUAUUCAAUUAUUAACAAAAAUGCAAGAGUUAAUAUUACUACAAAAAUUAUACACUUACUCAACACUCAGGGAAUUUUCUCCUUCUUCUCUGCAGCCCGAACUCCUUAACACGAUGA